ACCUCAAUAUUGAAUGGAUUAAGACUCUUCGCAAGGGUAUAUCUUUCUCCAUUAUUCAUAAUACUUACUAGCCUCAGAAAGGAUGUGCAAGGAAUUAUUCAUACACUUAAGACUGAUUUUCUAGAAUUACAGAUCAAGGAAUAUUAUGGCAAAUCUAAUCCAGUAGAAAAGGCUCGUGAUUUUAGCAAU